AGCAAGCUCGAAGCUCCAAUCUCGCCAUGAACCUUCUUCUCCAGCUGCCCUAGUACCUCCUCCUCCUUCUUUCUGUCUUCAAAUUCAAAUUCAAAAUCGAAUCUGACUAACUAACCGAUCCUAGCUCCUCCGUAACGGUCGAAUCAUGGCGGUUUCCGAGGAGGAGUGUUCGACAACCAAGUCGCGAUCGUCGCCGUCCUCCUCUUCGGUAGUCGCGCCUUCUAAAAACGUUCACUACCUCGCCAAGUGUGUUCUCAAAGGCAGCGUCAUCCUCCACGUCGCCUACGGCCACCUCCGCUCUCCUUCCUCAAACGACGUCGUUUUUGGCAAGGAGACAUCCAUAGAAUUGUUAAUAAUUGGUGAAGAUGGGAUUGCUCAAUCAGUUUGUGAGCAGGCUGUAUUUGGCACGAUUAAGGAUCUUGCUGUCAUUCCUUGGAAUAAGAAGUUCUAUCCACGAAAUCCACAGAUGCUGCAGAAAGAUCUUUUGGUUAUCAUCUCUGAUUCUGGGAAGCUCUCCUUUCUGACAUUUUGUAAUGAAAUGCACAGGUUUUUUCCGGUGGCGCAUGUUGAACUUUCUCAUCCAGGAAACUCAAGGCACCAGCUUGGAAGAAUGCUAGCUGUUGAUCCCAGCGGCUGUUUCAUUGCUGUUAGUGCAUAUGAAGAUAGAUUGGGUCUUUUCUCCCUUUCAAAAUCUUUGGGAAGUGAUAUCAUUGAUAAGAAAAUAUGCUAUCCUCCUGAAAUUGAAGAUGAUCCAAGUACUUCUAGAAGCAUCCAGAGCACUGGUAUAAAUGGUACCAUAUGGAGUAUGUGUUUUAUUUCAAAAGAUCCUAGCCAACCAAAUAAGGACCAUAAUACCGUACUAGCCAUUAUUCUGAAUAGGAGAGGAGCACUCCUGAAUGAGCUGCUGUUAUUGGGAUGGAAUAUUAGGGAUCAUGCUAUACAUGUUAUUUCAGAUUUCUUUGAAGCUGGGCCACUAGCACAUAACAUUGUUGAAGUUCCUCACUCUUAUGGAUUUGCCUUUCUGUUCAGGAUUGGUGAUGCUCUGUUAAUGGAUCUUAGAGAUCCUCAGAACCCAUGUUGUGUUUAUAGAACAAGCUUAAAUUUUUUGCCGCCUGCGGUGGAGGAACAACAUUUUGUUGAAGAGUCUUGUAAAGUACAUGAUGUUGAUGAUGAAGGUUUGUUUAAUGUUGCUGAGUCCUUACUGGAGCUGGGUGAUGAUCCAAUGUGUAUAGAUGGUGAUGUUGCUGACGUAAAAUCACCCUCCAAACAUGUGUGCUCGUGGAGUUGGGAACCAGAAAAUGAUAACAGUCCAAAGAUGAUAUUUUGUGUAGAUACCGGAGAGUUUUUUAUGAUUGAAAUUGCUUUUGAUUCUGAUGGCCUUAAAGUUAAUCUAUCAGAGUGUCUCUACAAAGGUCAACCAUGCAAAGAGCUUUUGUGGGUUGAAGGUGGUUUCCUGGCUGCACUUGUAGAAAUGGGGGAUGGAAUGGUCUUAAAAGUGGAAAAUGGAAGGCUAAUGCACAUGAGUCCCAUUCAAAACAUUGCACCAAUAUUGGAUAUGUCAGUUGUGGAUUACCAUGAUGAGAAACGUGAUCAAAUGUUUGCCUGUUGUGGAGUGGCACCAGAGGGAUCAUUAAGGAUUAUUCGUAGUGGUAUUAGUGUGGAAAAGCUAUUGAGAACUGCUCCUAUUUAUCAAGGCAUCACUGGUACUUGGACAUUGAGGAUGAAAGUGACUGAUCCUUAUCAUUCUUUUCUUGUACUGUCAUUUGUGGAAGAAACCAGGGUACUAUCAGUUGGUUUAAGCUUUACUGAUGUGACUGACUCCGUCGGGUUCCUGCCUGAUGUCUGUACUUUGGCAUGUGGCCUUGUUCAUGAUGGUUUGCUGAUCCAAAUUUACCAAAAUGCAGUCAGGCUUUGUUUACCAACCCAGGUUGCCCAUUCUGAAGGUAUCCCUCAGUCAAGUCCAGUGUGCACAUCUUGGUUCCCAGAUUACAUAAGUAUCAGCUUGGGGGCAGUUGCAGAUAAUCUAAUCAUUGUUUCUACUUCUAAUCCAUGCUUCCUAUAUAUUCUUGGGGUCAGAUCAGUCUCAGAAUAUCAUUACGAAAUAUAUGAAAUGCAGCAUUUGAGAUUGCAAAGUGAGUUAUCAUGUAUUUCCAUACCUCAAAAACGUCUCGCUGAAAGGAAAUCAAGUUCUCACAUCAGUCUGGUUGACAAUAGCACAGUUGCUGCCCUUCCUGUUGGAGUUGACAUUGGUUAUACCUUUGUUAUUGGCACACAUAGGCCCUCAGUGGAAAUUCUGUCAUUUGUACCUGAAGAAGGCCUAAGAGUACUUGCUUCUGGGAAAAUUUCUUUGACAAAUACUAUGGGAACUGCUAUCAGUGGCUGCAUUCCUCAAGAUGUGAGGCUUGUAUUAGUUGACCAGUUUUAUGUUCUUGCAGGUUUGAGGAAUGGUAUGCUCCUUCGGUUUGAGUGGCCUCCUGCCUCAAAUAUGUCUUCACCUAAAUUACCUAGUCAUAGUCCUAUUAGUGCUUCUUUGAUAAAUGCAAAUACAGUGACUGUGAAUUCUUUUGGCUCACAAAUAUGUUCUGUUAAUUUAUCUGAGAAGACUAUGGAUGUACUUCCAGUUAAUCUUCAAUUGAUUGCAACCCGUCGCAUUGGCAUUACUCCUGUUUUCCUUGUUCCCCUGAGUGAUUCAUUUGAUGCAGACAUGAUUGCUCUCAGUGACAGACCAUGGUUGUUACAAACUGCGAGGCACAGCCUUGCUUAUACUUCUAUCUCAUUUCAACCUUCAACUCAUGCGACUCCUGUAUGUUCAGCUGAAUGCCCUAAAGGAAUUUUAUUUGUUUCAGAGAACAGUUUAAAUUUGGUGGAGAUGGUGCACAGUAAGAGGCUUAAUGUGCAGAAAUUUCAUCUUGGAGGCACUCCGAGGAAGGUCCUUUAUCAUAGUGAAAGCAGGUUAUUGGUUGUGAUGAGGACUGAAUUGAGUAGUGAUACUUGUUCAUCUGAUAUAUGUUGUGUAGAUCCCCUCAGUGGGACUGUAAUAUCAUCACAGAAACUUCAGCCCGGAGAAACAGGAAAAUCCAUGGAGUUACUGAGGGUUGGAAAAGAACAGGUUGUGGUGGUUGGAACCAGUCUGUCUUCUGGUCCAGCUAUAAUGCCCAGCGGUGAAGCUGAAAGUACCAAGGGCCGUCUCAUUGUUUUCUGUAUUGACCGCAUGCAAAAUUCAGAUAGUGGUUCAGUGACAAUUUGUUCAAAGGUUGGGCUAUCUUCUCAACGAACUUCACCAUUUCAGGAAAUUGUUGGAUAUGCCACAGAGCAAAUGUCCAGCAGUAGUCUCUGCAGUAGCCCAGAUGAUGCUAGCUGUGAUGGAGUUAAACUUGAAGAAUCUGAAGCAUGGUACCUGCGACAAGCUUACUCAACCGCAUGGCCAGGAAUGGUACUUGCAAUUUGUCCAUAUCUUGGUCGUUACUUCUUGGCAUCUGCUGGUAAUGCUUUCUAUGUGUGUGGUUUUCCAAUUGAUAAUUCCCUGAGGAUAAAAAAGUUCGCUAUAGGAAGGACACGUUUUAUGAUAAUGUCAUUGACUGCUCAUUUUACUAGAAUUGCUGUGGGAGAUUGCCGUGAUGGCGUCCUUUUUUAUUCGUAUCAUGAGCAAUCCAAGAAACUGGAGCAAAUAUACUGUGAUCCAUCACAGAGGUUAGUUGCUGAUUGUAUUCUUAUGGACGUUGAUACAGCUGUUGUUUCAGAUCGUAAGGGGAGCAUUGCUGUUCUGUCAUGUUCAGAUCGUCGGGAAGACAAUGCAAGUCCAGAAUCCAACUUAACUCUGAGUUGUGGAUAUCAUAUGGGUGAGAUAGCCAUGAGCAUCAGGAAGGGGACAUUUAUACACAAACUGCCAGCUGAUGAUGCCUUGGGGGAAUGUCCUAGUCCCAAUACAAAUGUUGACUCUUCACACAACACUAUUAUAGCCAGUACGCUUUUAGGAAGCAUAAUAAUAUUCAUUCCUUUAUCAAGGGAAGAAUAUGAACUCUUAGAAGCGGUACAAGCUAAACUUGUGGUCCAUCCAUUAACUGCACCUAUGCUUGGAAACGACCAUAACGAGUUUCGUAGUCGUGAAAAUCCGGUUGGAACACCAAAGAUACUAGAUGGCGACAUGCUAGCGCAAUUUUUGGAGCUUACAAGUAAACAACAAGAGGCUGUGUUGUCACUACCUCUCGGCUCUCUAGAUACUAAAUCUAGUUCAAAACUGUCUCCCUCUUCACCUAUCCCUGUUAGUCAGGUUGUGCAACUCCUUGAGCGGGUUCAUUACGCCCUGAAUUGAUUAUAUCCUGUUCAUCUCUCGAAUUUCUGGUUCACAAGCUCAGGAUAUUGAAGCAUCUAACUGAGAAAGUAUAAGCAUAUGCAUACCAAGCAACGAGGAUGGUACAUUCACUAGCUGCAUUUUGCCUGAACAAUGAAAUUGCAAACGCUAACCAUCCGAAUGGCUGCUUCUGGUUAACAUACUAACUUGAUUGUGAAAUCACAACCGUUGGUACACCUCCGAGCUUACAAUCAUACCAUCGGAACCAUUGUUAUUUGGUCAACCACCUUGUCCCGUCCACGCCGACUACAUUAAAAUUUCUCAUGCAAAUACCAGGUAAAGUUACCAUAUUCCUUCUAAUGUAAAUAAUACCCGUCUUGUAUCAUAUUAUAGUAUGAAAGAUGGAAAUAUUGUA